AUGGACAGUCGCCCAUUUGUCCGUAUCUAUCUCACUCUGGGUGCGCAGGAUAACCAAGCCAAUCCCCCAAAUAAACAAUCUUAAAAAGAUCAUCCACUAGUGUCACUCAACUCCACUCAUUCCCAUCCAUGGUUGAAAAUCUGAGUCGAACCUUCUUUUUGGCGGUCUCUAACACAACUCCAGCAACACCCUUUUCAUAAUUGUCAGUCUGCAACUAUGGAGAACAAUCAUUUGACAGUGAAAGAAAAUUACAAGAGUUUCAUUGGUUUGUUCUGUUUCUUGUUGGGGUUUCUGGUUUUUCAUGUGUCGUUUGCAGAUGUUGAGCAGACAAGAAGUGGUUUGUCUCAGCAGAGAGUUGAUGUUCGUAGUCAGUUAAAGCGUUUGAACAAGGCUCCUGUUAAAUCCAUCAAGAGCCCCGAUGGAGACAUUAUUGACUGUAUUCAUAAGGCUCAUCAACCCGCUUUGGAUCAUCCUAUACUCAAAGAUCACAAAAUUCAGAUGAGGCCAAAUUUCCAGCCAGAAGGACUAGUGAGUGAGAACAAGGUUAAUGGUAAUGAAGAAAGAACAGAACCUAUUACUCAAUUAUGGCACUUAAAAGGAACAUGUCCAGAAGGAACUAUUCCUGUUAGAAGAACUAAAAAAAAGGAUUUAUUAAGAGCAAGUUCUGUCAAAAAGUAUGGGAAAAAGAAACAUUUUUCUGCUCCUAAACCAAGGUCUGCAGAGCCUGAUCUCCUUACUCAAAGUGGCCAUCAGCAUGCAAUAGUUUAUGUGGAAGGAGACAAGUACUAUGGAGCAAAGGCAACUAUAAAUGUAUGGGAACCCAAAAUUCAACAGCCUAAUGAGUUCAGCUUAUCUCAAAUUUGGAUCUUAGGUGGUACUUUUGGUCAAGAUCUUAACAGCAUUGAAGCUGGCUGGCAGGUUAGUCCAGAUUUAUAUGGAGAUAACAGAACUAGGCUCUUCACUUAUUGGACUAGUGAUGCAUAUCAAGUCACAGGCUGCUACAAUCUUCUUUGCUCAGGCUUUAUACAAAUCAAUAAUCAAAUAGCAAUGGGAGCUAGCAUAUUUCCUGUUUCUGGUUAUGGUAAAUCUCAAUAUGAUAUCAGCCUACUUGUUUGGAAGGACCCCAAAGAGGGCAAUUGGUGGAUACAAUUUGGUAAUGACUAUGUGUUAGGAUAUUGGCCAGCUUCACUCUUCUCCUACCUGUCAGACAGUGCUACCAUGAUUGAAUGGGGUGGUGAAGUUGUUAACUCUGAAUCUGAUGGCCAACACACUACCACUCAAAUGGGCAGUGGCCAUUUCCCUGAACUAGGGUUUGGAAAAUCCGGUUAUUUUAAGAACAUUGAGAUUGUUGAUGCAUCCAAUAAUCUCAGGGCUCCUAAAGAUAUUGGCAUUUUUACUGAGCAAUCUGACUGCUAUGAUGUUCAAACUGGCCAUGAUGGUGAUUGGGGUAACUACUUUUUCUACGGAGGCCCCGGCCGAAAUUCCAACUGCCCGUAAUCUGUGUUGCACGGAAAGUUAUCGAGUCUUAUGUUUUGGCGUUUGUUUUCUAAAGUUUUUGAAAAUUCCGAAACUUUAUAUUUAUAACAUAUUUUUAUAAAAAAUAUUGUUUCCACGUUUGCCGUUGUUUCUAUUUCCGUGCAACACAGACGACGAACAUUUGUAAUUGAUUUGAUGUCUCUUUUUCUUCUAGUGUCAUAAGGGUUGCCUGUGUCUGUAUUCUAUUCUUCUGUAUUAUCAUUAGUGUUCACUAUUUAUUAGUGGUAUAGUGUUUUUUAGGCUAGUAUUCGACUUGUAAUACUUAUUUAGUUUUCCACCUUCGCUGCAAGUGUAAAUUAGCCCUUUCAAGUUAUAAGAAAGGGAGAUGGUGUGAUUCAUAUAUUUGAGACGAAGCAAUCACCUCUUGUGAA